UCGUUGCCUGGAGACGGCGCAUCCUGGGAAGGCCGGGCGCUUUGGUUUGCUCGUCCAGGCAGGCGGGAAGCAGCAAACAUGGCGCCCAAAAAGAAAGGGAAGAAAGGCAAAGGCAAAGGCACUCCGAUUGUUGAUGGGCUGGCUCCGGAGGACAUGAGCAAGGAGCAGGUGGAGGAGCACAUUGGCCGCAUCCGGGAGGAGCUGGACCGCGAGCGAGAGGAGCGCAACUACUUCCAGCUGGAGCGCGACAAGAUCCACACUUUCUGGGAGAUCACGCGGCGGCAGCUGGAGGAGAAGAAGGCCGAGCUGCGGAACAAAGACCGGGAGAUGGAGGAGGCCGAGGAGAGGCACCAGGUGGAGAUCAAGGUGUAUAAGCAGAAGGUGAAGCACCUGCUCUACGAGCAUCAGAGCAGCCUGACGGAGAUGAAGGCGGAGGGCACCGUGGUCAUGAAGCUGGCGCAGAAGGAGCAUCGUGCACAGGAGGGGACGCUGCGCCGGGACAUGCGGGCGCUGAAGGUGGAGCUGAAGGAGCAGGAGCUGGCCAACGAGGUGAUGGUGAAGAACCUGCGGCUGAAACACACCGAGGAGAUCACCAAGAUGCGCAACGACUUUGAGAGGCAGGUGCGAGAAAUCGAGGCCAAGUAUGACAAGAAGAUGAAGAUGCUUCGGGACGAGCUCGACCUGCGCAGGAAGACGGAGAUCCAUGAGGUGGAGGAGAGGAAGAAUGGCCAGAUCACCACGCUGAUGCAGCGGCACGAGGAGGCCUUCACCGACAUCAAGAACUACUACAAUGACAUCACCCUCAACAACCUGGCUCUCAUCAACUCCCUCAAGGAGCAGAUGGAGGACAUGCGGAAGAAGGAAGAGCACCUGGAGAAGGAGAUGACGGAGGUGGCCAUGCAGAACCGGCGCUUGGCGGACCCCCUGCAGAAGGCUCGGGAGGAGAUGAGUGACAUGCAGAAGAAGCUCGGGGGCUAUGAGAGGGACAAGCAGAUCCUGGUGUGCACAAAAGCCCGUCUGAAAGUCACUGAGAAGGAGCUGAAGAGCCUGAGGUGGGAGCACGAGGUGCUGGAGCAGCGAUUCAUCAAGGUGCAGCAGGAGCGGGACGACCUGUACCGGAAGUUCACCACGGCCAUCCUGGAGGUGCAGCAGAAGGCGGGCUUCAGGAACCUCGUCCUGGAGCGCAAGGUGCAGGCGCUGGUUGCCGCCGUGGAGAAGAAGGAGGUGCAGUUGAAUGAGGUGCUAGCGGCCUCCAACCUGGACCCCGCGGCCCUGACGCUCGUGUCCCGCAAGCUGGAGGACGUUCUGGAAUCGAAGAACAGCGCCAUCAAGGACCUGCAGUACGAGCUGGCCCGGGUCUGCAAGGCCCACAAUGACUUGCUGCGCACGUAUGAGGCGAAGCUCCUGGCCUUCGGAGUCCCCCUGGACAACGUGGGUUUCAAGCCCCUGGAGACCGCUGUGAUCGGGCAGACGCUGGGACAGGGCCCCGCAGGACUUGUGGGCACCCCAACAUAGCCCCAGCCCGGGUGAGGUCCCCCCACAGCAAGGACAGCAGGUAUUUGUUCUGUAGACGUGCGUCGUCAGAGAAUGAAGGUUUCCAUGUGUGCUGCGUGUCCUCUUGUGUGGCUGUGUGGAGAGGUGCCCCCAGUGCUCCCCCAGUGUGCACACCUGCCCCUCAUCCCCCCAGGGGCAGCUCCCACCAAGCUUGCCUUGCGACCGAAGCCACCUUGCAGAUGUCAGCAGCAACUUUAUUGAAGCCUGAGUGACACCUGGCCCGGCAACAUGGGGCCAGAAUGUCCCAGGGAAAGUGUGACCCUGGUGCCCAUCAGGAGCUUGCCCGCCCCGCUGCUCGGGGGUGGCCCGGUCUGCCGUGGCGCUGUGUCCACGCCCACAGGCUGGCUGCUGGUCGGCCGCUAGCUCCCUCGGUAUGUGGUGUAAGACCACGGGCUCAGCAGCAGUGGCACGUGGAACUUGUGAGUCUCAUUUGUGAUGGUGAAAACGACCUGCGGGCAGAGGGGGCACUGGGAGUGCACACAGCCUGGCCCAGUGGAGACAGGGCUGUGGGUGGGGCUGGGGUCUGCCCAGGGGAAGCACUCAGUCUGAGGGGCCCCUGGGCCUGAAGGUUCCCAAGGGUUAGGACCACCCUGAACUGGUCAGGCGAAGGGGACAGAGAGCUGGAAGGGCUCGGGUGAACCUCUGUCCUCCCGGGCUGAGUCAGCCUGACCGGUGGGUGGCGUGGUGCGGGCGUGGUGUGGUCAUGGCCAGGAGCUCAGAGCAGGUGCUCGUUGGGGGGGGGGGGGCAGGACCAGCCUGCGGGUCACAGUGCAUCUCGGGCCUCCACCCGUCUGGCCCUCACCUCCACGUAUGGGUAGAAGCUCUCCUGGCCCCUCUUCUGCCAGUAGCCCUCGGUGUCAAAGGACAGCUUGUAGGUGCCCGCCUUCAUCUGGCCUGGAGGAAGGAGCCCAGGGCAGCGGCCGUCAUGAUCUGUGCAACUGGGGAGAGGGGCGUUGCUGCAGAGGGGUCCCUGCCUGGUCUCCCGGGUCCAUGUGCCCCAGUGGCCUGACUCAGACCUGGGUGAGCAGGGCCUGGGUGGCUCUGCAGCAGGGCAGCGUCCAGGACCAGGGCUAUGUCCCCUCACCGUCCUUAGGGAACCCCAGAGAAGAGAAGUGAAAGAACCUUCCCUUCCCCCCACUUCAUAUCUGGCACAAAGACUUCACAUUUUUCUCUAUGCAUAAGUGUGCUUAUUUACAAAUUAAAAAAAAAUAGAUUGUACUAGC